AUGGAUAAAUUGAAAAUAUAUGAAGACGUUAUUGAUAAAAAAUGGCAAUGUCUUGAUAAUGUUGAAUUAUAUGGUGAUUGGAUUAAGCUUAAAGACAGAAGGAUACAGGAAGGUGCUGGUAGUGGAUUGGCUGUCGCUACUGUAUUAUUACUUCGUGAAAUUGGUUUACAAUUAUCAUCAAGACUUAUUUUAUGGUCACCAUGGGUAGAUUUAGCAUGUAGUAUGCCAUCAUUUUGGAAUACUGAAAUGGAUAAAACAGAUUUUUUCGGAGCUUCAAAUCCAAGUAAAUUUCAAUUCCCUAAAUAUGCUACAAUGAAUUUUACUAAUUCACCAUUCAAAAAGCCUACAAAAGUUAUGCUCGAAGUUUAUAAUGAAACAAACGUCUCAAUAAUUCGUUCUUGUGAUUUUAUAAAAAAUAUACUUAAUAAAAACAUUCCUGAUGAAGCUGAUAGUAAAUCUUUUCAAGGAAUUCAUAAAAAUAUUACUGCUAUUGCAAUUAACCCUAAUUGUAAAAUUAGAGAAUUAGAUGAAAAUUUCUAG